GACGUGGAUCCCGACUUCAAGUGCAAUCUGUGCAACAAAGUUUUGGAGGACCCGCUCACCACCCCUUGCGGCCAUGUGUUCUGCGCCGGCUGCGUCCUGCCCUGGGUGGUGCAGCAGGGCAGCUGCCCGGUGAACUGCCAGCGGAUCUCCACCAAGGAGCUCAACCACGUCCUGCCCUUGAAGAGCCUCAUCCUCAAGCUGGACAUCAAGUGCGACAACCACGCGCGGGGCUGCGAGGCGGUGGUGCCGCUGCAGCACCUGGGCGAGCACGCCGAGACCUGCGACUUCUCGCCGGCCAAGUGCCGCAACCGCGGCUGCCGCCAGGGUGAAGAAACUAAAGCACUGACUCUUGUCCUUCAUCGUGACUCUGGCUCUCUUGGAUUUAAUAUUAUUGGUGGCCGACCAUGCGUGGACAAUCAGGAUGGUUUGUCUAGUGAAGGAAUUUUUGUAUCGAAAAUAGUUGACACUGGGCCUGCUGCUAAGGAAGGAGGGCUACAAAUUCAUGACAGGAUUAUUGAGGUCAAUGGGAAGGAUUUAUCUAAAGCAACACACGAGCAGGCAGUCGAAGCAUUCAAAACAGCCAAGGAGCCCAUUGUGGUGCAGGUCCUGAGAAGAACUCCACGCACCAAGAUCUUCACUCCUUCUCAUGAGUCUCAGCUGGUAGAUGUGGGCACACAGACAGACAUCACUUUUGAGCACAUCAUGGCUCUAAGCAAGAUGGGCUCGCCUACUCCACCUGUCUCAGUGCUAGACCCAUACCUACUACCUGAAGAUCAUCCAUCAGUGCAUGAAUACUACGACCCAAAUGACUACAUGGGAGGAAUUCAUCAAGAAAUGGACCGAGAUGAGUUAGAAUUAGAGGAAGUAGAUUUACAUAGAGUGAACAGCCAGGACAAGCUUGGCCUUACUGUAUGUUACAGAACGGAUGAUGAAGAUGACAUUGGUAUUUACGUGAGUGAGAUUGACCCCAACAGUAUUGCUGCAAAAGAUGGUCGACUCCGAGAGGGGGAUCGCAUUAUUCAAAUUAAUGGCAUAGAGGUACAGAACAGAGAAGAAGCUGUGGCCCUUCUCACCAGCGAAGACAGCAAGAAUAUCUCCUUACUUGUUGCAAGACCAGAAAUUCAGCUGGAUGAAGGAUGGAUGGAUGAUGAUAGAAAUGAUUUUCUGGAUGACUUGCACAUGGACAUGUUAGAGGAACAGCACCACCAGGCAAUGCAAUUUACUGCCAGCAUGCUUCAGCAGAAGAAGCAUGAGGAAGAUGGAGGUACCACAGAUACAGCUACUAUUUUAUCUAACCAGCACGAGAAGGACAGUGGCGUAGGGCGCACGGAUGACAGCACUCGGAAUGAUGAAAGCUCAGAACAGGAAAACAACGCAGAUGAUCACACCACUUCCUCUAACACUUUAGGGAGCCAGAAGAAGCUGACAUACAGCCAUGACACCCUAGGAAGUGGUGAUAUGCAGUUCAGCAAUGAGUCGUUCAUCUCAGCCGACUGCACAGACGUUGACUUCCUUGGAAUCCCUGUAGACGAAUGCGAGCGGUUCCGGGAACUGCUGGAACUGAAGUGCCAAGUGAAGUCUGCCAACCCUUACAAUCUGUAUUAUCAGAACAGCACUCUGGAUAUGAGCAAAAGCGACCAAGAGAGCGUUGACAGAGAGUUGGAGAUGCUGAAUGAGGAGCUGCGCAAUAUCGAGCUCGAGUGCCUGAAUAUUGUGAGAGCCCAUAAAAUGCAGCAGCUGAAGGAGCAGUACCGGGAGCCUUGGAUGCUACAUAACAGUGGGUUCCGCAACUAUAAUACAAGCAUCGAUGUUCGCAGGCACGAGCUCUCAGAUAUCACAGAGCUCCCCGAGAAGUCUGACAAGGAUAGCUCAAGCGCAUAUAACACAGGAGAAAGCUGCCGAAGCACACCACUCACACUGGAGAUUUCCCCUGACAAUUCACUGCGCAGAACUGCAGAAGGCAUUAACUGUCAAGGGAAUGAGGGGGCAGUGGCACAUAAUGCCUCCCAAAAGAAUUUAUUUCCUAGCUCAGAGAGUCAUGAAUCCAGUGUGGGUAAAUGCCAUUCCUCUCCUAAAGAUCCUGACCUCAGCAAGCAGCUGGAAAGCAAAGACAGAAAAGCCAGUGAUGGAAACAAAAGCCCGACUCAUGGUCAAAAAGCUUCUGGCUCCUAUGUCUCCCCAUACCAUCACUCUCCGUAUAAGCAUGCUCACAUCCCUGCCCACGCACAGCACUAUCAGAGCUACAUGCAGCUGAUCCAACAGAAGUCAGCUGUGGAAUAUGCACAGAGCCAAAUGAGCCUGGUGAGCAUGUGCAAAGACUUUAACUCAAGCCAGAGCGAACCAAGGAUGGAAUGGAAAGUCAAGGUCAGAAGUGAUGGGACCCGCUACAUUACAAAGAGGCCAGUCAGGGACAGGUUGCUGAGAGAACGUGCCAUAAAGAUUAAGGAGGAGCGCAGCGGUAUGACAACGGAUGAUGAUGCCAUAAGUGAAAUGAAGAUGGGCCGUUACUGGAGUAAGGAAGAGCGGAAGCAGCAUUUAGUGAAAGCAAAGGAGCAGAGGAGAAGGCGUGAGUUUAUGAUGCAGAGCAGGUUAGAUUGUUUAAAGGAACAGCAAGGUGCAGAAGAAAAGAAAGAGAUGAAUAUCAUUGAACUGAGCCACAAAAAAAUGAUGAAGAAAAGAAAUAAAAAAAUAUUUGACAAUUGGAUGACAAUCCAAGAACUGUUAACCCAUGGAACAAAGUCACCAGACGGCACACGAGUGUACAAUUCUUUCCUGUCAGUGACUACUGUAUAAUCACCCAUUGCUAAAUUAUGUACAUAAAACGCUACCAUUGGGGUAGAAAUCAAUGCCUCGUUCAAUGUGGCAAGUUUUUUUGUAUAUAAGAUACAGUCAUCAAGUUUAUAGUUCAAAUACUGAACUCUACAACUGUGGGUGCCAGGAUCUCUAUUAUAAAGUGGAGAGAAAGCCUGAACAUCUCCUUCAAAGGCAAUAUUAGCAGAGCUUUUUGGAAUACUGAUUGUACUUUUUUACUUGUUACCUUUUACAUAAAGUGUUUAAAUAUCAGAAAUGUAUUAACCAUACUUACACAGGUAAUUUGCUUAAACUAUAUUCGUAUAAAAAAAAGUACACAUGCUUUUCUUUGCCUGAAAAAAGCAAAAAACCCACAAGAGCAACCGCACAUAUGUAUUUUUUUGUGAAACCAUAUUUUGUGAUAUUACUUUGCUGUUGUUCACUUCUACACAGAGUGCUGUUUAUCGAUAUUUAGCUCAAGGUUUAAGCUCAGAAUUAUUGAAUUCCUGAUAGAGUCAUUCUCUUCCAAUACUUAACAUGUAUCAAACAGCAAUCUUUAGAGUUAUGAUCAACAUUUAAACAUUUUUCUUUUUAAAGGUUUUUAAAGGAAGUAUGUAGGUUUCAUCUCAAAAGCCUGAAGCAAAGUACAGUAUACUGCAGCUUUAAAGGAUUUUAAAGCAUGCUUGCAAAUGUUGCAACCUAUUGAAAAAAUGUGCAUGUACAGCUAAUUUGUUUAUAUAAGACAGUUUGUGUAAUUUGAAAUGCCCAUGGUAGUAACUGUUUGCUUUAUAGAUUUGAAUGUAUUGAAUUAUAAAAGCAGUUUCAUGAAAUCAUCAUUAGCUACAAACAUUAACAAGUAAAAUGAAGUAAAAUAAAUUAUUGUUUUAUAUUUCA